UUGGCGCCCGUUGAGCGCCUUUGAAAAGACUGCACUUCGCCGAUUCUUCCCUUCAUCGACGUCCAUUCGAUCCUUCUUCGACUGUGCACAGUUCGUGAGCUUCGUCUUCCUCUCCGUCACAUUCCUCUGCUUCUCUCUCUAAAGGGCUCAGGAAGAAUUUGAAUCUUUGCCAGAAAUGGAGCAGCAAAGGCACCAAAAGGAAGCCCAACGGGAGGAGGAAGCUGAAGAGUUACAACAUGGCCCUUUAUCUGUUGAAGAGCUUCAGGCAUCGGGCAUAUCUGCUACUGACGUUAAGAAACUUAAAGAUGCCGGUCUUUGCACGGUUGAAUCUGUGGCUUUCUCUCCUAGAAAGGACCUUCUGCAGAUUAAAGGAAUCAGUGACGCUAAAGUUGACAAGAUCAUUGAAGCAGCUUCUAAAUUGGUGCCGUUGGGUUUCACUAGUGCUGCCCAACUUCAUUCACAGAGGCUUGCAAUUAUUCAAAUAACAUCAGGAUCAGAAGAGCUAGACAAGAUAUUGGAAGGAGGGGUAGAGACAGGAUCUAUAACUGAGCUGUAUGGUGAAUUUCGAUCUGGCAAGACUCAGUUGUGUCAUACUCUCUGUGUCACUUGCCAACUGCCACUUGAACAAGGAGGUGCUGUGGGCAAAGCAAUGUACAUUGAUGCAGAGGGUACAUUUAGACCACAGCGACUCUUACAAAUAGCAGACAGGUUUGGACUAAAUGGAGCUGAUGUGUUGGAAAAUGUUGCCUAUGCUAGAGCAUAUAACACUGAUCAUCAAUCACGGCUUCUGCUUGAAGCAGCUUCAAUGAUGGUGGAAACAAGGUUUGCUCUGGUAAUUGUUGAUAGUGCUACUGCUCUCUACAGGACAGAUUUUAGUGGAAGGGGGGAGCUUUCUGCCCGGCAAAUGCAUCUGGCAAAGUUCCUUCGAAGCCUUCAAAAGUUAGCAGAUGAGUUUGGUGUGGCUGUUGUGAUAACAAACCAAGUAGUUUCACAAGUAGAUGGUUCUGCAGUCUUUGCUGGACCUCAAAUCAAGCCUAUUGGUGGCAACAUUAUGGCGCAUGCUACAACGACAAGGCUACAUCUUCGGAAGGGUAGAGGGGAAGAAAGAAUUUGUAAAGUAAUUAGUUCUCCUUGUUUGGCCGAAGCCGAGGCAAGGUUUCAGAUUUCUCCAGAAGGGGUUACUGAUGUUAAGGACUGACCCAUUUCAGUAGCUUUGAGAUUUGAUGUUGCUUUUUUGUUCAUCAUUUCAUCCUUUAACUGCAAGUGGGUUUACAAUAAUAGUAUGCAAUUAUGCUUUUCUUGUUCUGUAUAGGGUCCUACAAUCCUAUCUCGCAUUCUUCUGUAGGUUUCGUCCCCCACAUCAUCUCUUCUGCCCUUUUGUAUUCAUCGUACUGCUUUAUUGAUGAAUGAUGAUAAAGCACUGUUGCGAUGUAAA